GUUUCCUUCCCAUACCACACACCACAAGCUUCUCUAUCAAAAACAUACUCAAGUGUGUGUUUGUGUGUGAAAAGAAAUGGGAAGGGCACCCUGCUGUUCAAAGGUGGGUUUACACAGAGGAGCAUGGUCUAAUGAAGAAGAUAAACUCCUCACCGAGUACAUUCAAACCCACGGUGAAGGCCAAUGGCGUUCCAUGCCUUCUAAAGCUGGAUUACUUAGAUGCGGAAAGAGUUGCAGACUGAGAUGGAUGAAUUACCUUCGGCCAGGCAUCAGGAGAGGAAACUUCACCGAAGAUGAGAACGACAUGAUCAUCCGCCUUCAUUCUAUCCAUGGCAACCGAUGGUCGUUCAUAGCCACCGAACUCUCAGGUCGAACUGACAAUGAGGUUAAGAACUACUGGAACUCGCAUCUUAAACGGAAAUUAGCUCUUGACAGCGGCGAGAAACAGGUGGACGGCUCCAAAAACAAUAAAAAACGGAAGAAUAAGAAAAAAACGGAUCAGAAGUCAAGGAAAGUUAAAAUCGUAGAGAAACCAGAAGAAACUGUUCCUCAUUCUACUUCAUCUUCUUCGUCAUUACCUUCAUCACAAUCAGCAUCGUUGGCAUUGAGCAAGAAUGACAUGAGCAGUGCAUCAUCGAGCUCCACAACGUAUCAAGGAGAAGCUCAUUUACUUCCGACGGACACGGACUUCUCUUGGACGAACUGGGCGCCAUUGUUAGAAAUGGAAGGUACUGGAGCAAGAAUGGAUGGUCAACAUGAUCUGGAUAUUCAGUUUGACGGAUUUGAUUUGCUAAUGUUUAAAGAUGAAGAAAGCAAUAUGCUAGAGAAGCUGUAUGAUGAGUGUUUGCACUUCCUUGAAGAUGAAAACGGAGUGUAAUCAUAUGCUAUAUUUUUCUUAUUUUUUAAAAUAGAUUUGUAGUAAAGAGAUAAAGAUAUAUUAACUCCGUUGAUUAAUUACCAACUUUUUAUUUUAGCGGUUAAUUUUUGUACGUG